AUGACUCUCCUCAUUCUCACCGAAACCGCCGCUGGCUACGCCUUGCUCAAGGCCAAGGACAAGAAAUUACUCAAACGCGAUGAUCUCGCUUCCGACUUGAACGGUGUUGAGAGUGUAACCUCUGAACUCAAGCUGAAGGAGUUUCAGAAGUUCGACAGUGCUGCUGCGGCUUUAGAGGAGGCAGCGGCCCUUGUGGAAGGAAAAGUCACACCCAAGCUGUCAUCGCUGCUCGACUCUCUUAAGGAUGAGAAAAAGAUCUCUCUGGCCGUGGCAGACCCCAAAUUGGGUAAUGCUAUUGGAAAGCUGCCAGGCCUCGACAUCAAAGCCGUCGCCGACUCGACGACCGCCGACCUCUAUCGAGCCAUUCGAGAACACCUGCCCUCUCUGAUCCCCGGCCUCAUGCCCGAAGAUGUCAAGACAAUGUCCCUGGGUCUUUCGCACUCUCUCGCUCGUCACAAGUUGAAGUUUUCUCCGGACAAGAUUGAUGUCAUGAUCGUGCAAGCAAUUGGGCUGUUGGAUGAUCUUGAUAAAGAGUUGAACACAUAUGCCAUGCGGGUCAAGGAGUGGUAUGGCUGGCAUUUCCCGGAAAUGGCCAAGAUCUUGAACGACAACCUUGCUUACGCAAAGGUCGUACUGAAAAUGGGAAUGCGAACGAACUGGGAGAAGGCUGAUUUGGCAGAAAUCUUACCCGAAGAGAUCGAAGCUGCCGUCAAGGCUGCCGCAGAUAGGUCCAUGGGUACUGAGAUCACGGAGGAGGAUCUUGAGAACAUUCAAAGCCUUGCUGAACAAGUGGUACAAUUCACGGAAUACCGAACGCAAUUAGCAAGCUACCUGACGGCUCGCAUGACCGCCAUUGCUCCCAAUCUCACAACCCUUGUCGGUGAACUGGUUGGCGCACGACUCAUUGCACAUGCCGGAAGCCUUCUCAAUCUGUCCAAGAGCCCUGCCAGCACCUUACAGAUUCUUGGUGCCGAGAAGGCUCUUUUUAGGGCCCUGAAAACCAAACACGAUACCCCCAAAUAUGGUCUCAUCUAUCACGCCUCCCUGAUUGGACAAGCUUCUGGCAAGAACAAGGGUAAAAUGGCCCGAGUUUUGGCCGCCAAAGCUGCACUUGGUCUCAGAGUCGAUGCCCUCCAAGAUUGGGGCGAGGACGAGGCGAAUAUCCCCGAAGACGAAAAAGCUCAACUCGGAAUCGAAGCUCGUGCGAACCUCGAGCGCAAGUUGGCUGCCAUGGAAGGCAAGCCCAUCAAGUCAAGAGGUGUUGCGAUCGGCCCCAAUGGUGUGCCGGGCACGUCACAGCCUCAGAAAUGGGAAAUUAAAGAGGCCCGGAAGUACAAUCCUGAUGCUGAUGGUCUUGCUGGCGACGAGGCACCCGCCAAACAAAGCAAGAAGGAGAAGAAGCUCAUACAGGAACUGACCUCGGAUACAGUAAUGGGCGAUGGUGAUCUCAGCGACGAAUCUGAGUCUCAACCUGAUGAACCUAUCGAUGCUGCUGAAGCGUCCGCCAUCAACGGUGUAGAUGGAAAGAAGAGUGCUAAGAAAGCGGAGAAAGAAAGACGGCACGCUGAAAAGGCAGCUCGCAAAGCAGCCAAGAAGGAGAAGAAGGAAGGUAAGGGCGAGAGCGAUGAGACCAAGAUCGAGACGCUAGCUGCCUUAUGUGGCCUGAGUGUCGAAAGAUAUAAGCGAAAGCUCGAAAGAGGAGAGAUCGAGUUCCAAGAGGAUGGCAAGCCCGUGGCCAUCUCGAAGAAGGACAUCAAGAAGGCCAAAAAGGCUGCAGAAAAACAAUCCGCCGCCGCAGCAAAUGGCGAAGUCGAUGGAUCCAAGAAGCGGAAGCGCUCAGAGGAAGAAAGUGAGCCGACCAAGUCGGACAAGAAGAAGAAGAGGAAAGACAAGUCAUGA